AUUAUUGCCGAAAUGGCAUCUUUAGUGGCGGAAUAUUUCCCAGAGCAAGAUGCCACUCCAAAUACAGAUACUUCAAACUCGAAUGAGAUUGAUGAUUGUAUGGAAAGGCAUUAUCCUGAGUACGUCACCUUUGUUCCAAGCGCAUUGAAUUACAUUGGAAAAAAUGGAUUGAGUUUAUCGAAUUCUGAUCGAUAUACUAAGAUUGGCGAACAGUCUCGAAUGAGGUUCAAAAUGAUUAAGACCAACCAACUUUUGGUGAAGACUAUAUUGUAUAGUUACGGAUUUGAACAAUGUUCGGAGCGUAACCCAAAUGUUAAUUUGAUUUGGUCUGCGUCUCAUCUAAGUCCGUACACACUAAGGUCCUUAGGACCAUGGCAAAGGGUAAACCACUUUCCGCGGAGUUCUGAACUUACAAGAAAGGACAAGUUAUACGAGAAUGUUGCACGGGCUAGAAGAUUGUUUGGAAAUGCGUUUGACUUUAUUCCCGACUUUUUCGUCUCUCCACGGGAGCUUGCUGCGUUCACCAAUAGCUAUAAUACUGGAGAAGUGACAAAGCCAUUUAUUGUGAAGCCUGUUGCGUCCUCUUGUGGGCAUGGAAUUUUUAUUAUACGCAAACCUCAAGAAAUACCAAUGAUCUCAAAUUUGUUGGUGUCAGAGUAUAUAUCCAACCCUUAUCUUAUUGAUGGCCAUAAGUUUGAUCUAAGGAUUUACGUGUUGGUCACAUCGUUUCAUCCAUUAACUGUUUAUAUAUACAAGGAUGGUCUUGCACGUUUCGCUUCAGAAAAGUAUUCCAAAGAGGAUAGUACGUUUGAGGAGCAGUACUGUCAUCUUACGAAUUAUUCGUUGAAUAAAUUUAGUGAUCAUUUUAUUAGAAAUAAAUGUGCGACAGAUGAGGACUCAGGUCACAAAUGGACUUUAGGUGCGGCUUUGAGAAGAAUGAAAGUUGAUGGGGUUGAUACGAAAUUAUUGAUGGUCCGGAUUGAAAGCAUAGUUUUAAAGACUUUAAUUUCGGUGCAAGGCUCUAUAACGGCUCGGUGCCGCAACUUACUUCUUCAUUCAAAAUGUUGCUUUGAGCUUUUUGGUUUUGAUAUCCUUAUUGAUUCUGAUUUGAAGCCUUGGUUGCUGGAGGUCAAUCUUUCGCCCAGCCUUGUAUGUGACUCACCAUUGGACCUACAACUGAAAUCAGCAUUAGUCUGCGAUACGCUAACGUUGGCGGCCAUUCCUUUAGUUCAUGGACGUUGCCCAGAUAACAGUUUGUUUCAACCUUUUAACUGCUGUUGUUUUACCUUCGAUUCUGAAGAAAACCUUGUAUCUACCUUGCAGUUUGGGCGAGUUCUAAUGUCGUGGGAUAAGGGUGCAAUGCUUUCAAAACGUAGUUUCUCGUAUAAUGCUAAUAGGCCGUCCCAGAGUUACGAGCGGAAAGCGAGGUUUUUACUGGAGCGGUUUAAAAUUGAAGAGCAGCGUCACGGUGGUUUUGUUUGCAUUUUUCCCAGAAGAAAUUCAUGGAAACUUUACAGUUGUUUCAUGGAAGAUGUUGGUUUGGAAAAAUGGGAUUAUCGUUUAAAUCGGGAUCUCUUUGGAAGUGAAGCCGUAGACAGUGUUGAUAAGUACCCAACUUUGUCUAGUCUGAGUGACGAUACAAGGCAGUUAUUAGCUGAAGCCGUUUCUAAUGUGUCAGCUUACGAAAGAAGGUUGACUGUAGCAGGUGUUAAAUAUGCAGCUAAAUUACCAAGAGUGCGUCCGGAGGCGAGAAAACGGUCACUGAGUUUCAUGAAGAGUGAGGAGGACCUUCACGAUAUUACUAAAAAUGGAAUUACUACAUCAUCUGCUGACGAUUUACAGAGCAAGCCUGUGGACGGAAUAAAUUCAUUUCCUAGUCAAAAUGAAGUGAUCGAUCUUGGGACUGUUCUAAAAGUCUCAGGUUCUAUGAAUCAUUGUUAA